CUCCUCCUCAGCCUCCCGACCCCUCACGAGCUCUGUGUGUGUGUGCGCGCGCGCGCACGCCCCUCCCUCCGCCCAGAGCGCGCUCCCGCCAGCUCGCCGCUUCUUCCGAUUCCUCGCUUCCUCCCUUCUCCAUCCAUCUUCCGUGAGUCGGUGGCGGUUUCCGCGGCGUCUCUUUGUGGAGGCGAAAGGCAAGCGGAGGAAGGGGAGGGGGGGAGGCUCGCCCUGCGGAACAGCCUCGAGGCUGCCGGCCUCCCUCCCUGGAGCAAGGGCGGCCAGGCGCCCCUCCCUUGGCUUCCCCAGGCGCCCCUCCUCCCCUCAGCGCUUGGGCUCCUCGCCGAGGCGGAAUUCGCCCAUUUCUCAGGAGCAAAGACAUUUCCCGGGUUUUUGGAGGGAGGGAGGGGGGUCCUCCGGCAGCCCCCUCACCUGCAGGGAGCGGAGAGCCAUCUCCUCCCCAAGGCCUCGCCCUCAUUGUCUUCCCUCACGUUUAACAUCCUGCGUGGCGUUUGGUGAACGUGCCUCAUCCUCAUCAAGGGCAGCCCGCCAUAUCUUCCGAAAUCCAUCCGGCGUGGAAGGGGACGGGACGGGAAGAGACGCCAGGUAUUGGUGAUGCCAGUUGCAGCUUUUGUGCUGAAGAAGCAGAAACAUACAUUUUCACUUAACAUUCUCAGUAUUUGAGAUACUGCUUCCCUUCCCCCCCCAAAUCUUCACUUCCUUGGAAAGAGCAAGAAUAAUAAUCUCCCAGGCCAAUUUAUUGUAGUCUUCGGGACAGCAGCUAUUGGCCAUUGAUCAGUUGGGGCACCAGAAGACUGCAAUUCAUAUGCCAUCUUACUUCUGUGGAGUCUCUGCAGCCAUAUCACUCUUGAAGACCUAGAAGGUGCAGAGAGGACUUGAUUGCAUCCCCAGAGAUUGCUAAAAGAGGCAAAAAAGAAGGUUCCAGAAAUACCCCUCUUCCCAGGGGAAUUGAAGCAUCACACUUGCUUUCCCCAACUCCCAAGUGUGGCAUUUGCUUCAAAGGAGACCUAGUAUCUGUUGGGACUCGUUCAAGAUGUGUAGCUCUGUUGCUCCUAGGAUCUGGUUUUUAACAGAUCGUCGUAUCAGAGAAGACUAUCCUCAACAAGAAAUCUUACGGGCCCUCAAAGCCAAGUGUUGUGAAGAGGAUCUGGAAUUCCGAGCCUUGGUGAUAGAUGAAGUAGUCUUGACCAUUGAGCAAGGAAACUUGGGUCUCCGAGUCAAUGGGGAACUCAUCACAGCUUAUCCACAGGUAGUGGUUGUUCGUGUGCCAACACCAUGGGUCCAAAGUGACAGUGACAUUACAGUUCUUCGCCAUCUAGAAAAGAUGGGUUGCCGUCUGAUGAACCGUCCUCAAGCCAUACUCAAUUGUGUCAAUAAAUUCUGGACUUUCCAAGAGCUGGCUGGACAUGGUGUGCCUCUUCCAGACACCUUUUCCUAUGGAGGUCAUGAAAAUUUUGCCAAAAUGAUUGAUGAAGCCGAAGUGCUGGAAUUUCCCAUGGUUGUGAAGAACACACGUGGUCAUAGAGGUAAAGCUGUGUUUCUGGCAAGAGACAAGCACCAUUUGGCAGACUUGAGCCACCUUAUUCGUCAUGAGGCCCCUUACCUAUUCCAAAAAUACGUCCAGGAAUCCCAUGGCAAAGAUGUGCGAGUCAUCGUGGUAGGAGGCCGUGUAGUGGGUACUAUGCUGCGUUGUUCAACAGAUGGUAGAAUGCAAAGCAAUUGCUCACUUGGUGGCAUAGGAAUGAUGUGCUCACUGAGUGAACAAGGCAAGCAGCUGGCGAUCCAAGUGUCUAAUAUUUUGGGGAUGGACGUAUGUGGCAUCGACCUCCUAAUGAAGGAUGAUGGCUCGUUCUACGUCUGUGAGGCCAAUGCAAAUGAGUCAAAAAAAGUCAAACAAUCCAGAGAAAAACUUCCCUUCUCCCCUUUCUGAUGGCAAGAGAGAAACCUUGUGAAAAAUCCUUGAGAAUGUUCUUCCCUAAACUUUUCCCCCCUGUGGUAAAACAGUAAACGCAGCAGAUUGGUGGCAUCCAGUACCGACCUGUUGGCAGGUAACUUUCAGCUCUUUUGAUCGUCCCGUGUUUUCUAACUUUAAUUUCUUCUCUUCUCCAGUCUUAAUAAGACUGCUGUACUGAAAGAAAGAGUCCUAGGAAGCACAGUGACCCCUUUCCGCUCUUUUGUGUGUGUGUUUUAUUAUUCUACUAGAGCCAGGUUUUAAUAAAACUUCUAGAUCCAUAUAUUCAAAUGUGUUAAUGGUAAGAAUGAAAUUAAACUGCAUGUAUUAUUAGAAAGGGGUGAAGGGAUGGUAUGUAAUUCCAUAAAUACUACCAUCUCCACUCUUCUAUGUUCCUCACUCCCCCUUUUCAUUUAUCCCGCCCGUACUCAAAAUAUACAUUCUUGGCUUAAGUUUCUACAGGGCUUUGGUGCUUUCCAGGGGCACAGCACAAAACUAAUCGACAUCAAUUAAUAACAGGUAUGAAAAACUAGGUGUAAAAAAUUUGUAUAUAAAAGAUACUUGAAUUGGGCAGGUUGGAGUGUGAUGGUUUCUUUGUCAAGAUUGUGAAGGUGAGCAUAUUGUGGCAUUUUUAACCUGCUGCCUAGCAUAGUACUUUGCAAAUAUUUAAUGACUAAGAUUAUGCUUAGAAAAUGGUGUAUUAACAGAGAGUUUUAUGUAGCAAUACAAGAACUGGCCGAAGAACGAAUUCAUUGGGAAUAACAAAUGCUUCAGAUAAAAAUCCCCAAAUUAUUUGAGUAUUCUUAAUGCAACAAAAAGAUAAUUAUUCUAGCAUGCUGUUAAGCCUAAAUUGUUUUCUAUUUUGUGUUCAGACUUUCUUGAUCAAAAAUAUUCCUUAGCUAGUUUAAUGCAGUAUUACAUUUUAAAAUGGUUAGUGGGGAUAUAUUUUAAAACAAUGCUAAAUUCUUUCUCAGGUAUACUAAAGGGAGAAUAUUUUUUUCUCUUCAAGUCACUGGCAAGGUUUUACUUCUUUGUGUUGAUACUUGUGUAUUGAUUGCCAUACCAAAUGGGGUUGCCUCAUUGACACUUUUUGAACAAAUGGUAUCAAUUUUGCAAGUCUUUCACCAAAUGCACCACUCCCCCUUGUGAUUCGCCUCUAUAUGUAACACACAUAUACAGUAUUGUCAAAAAAUUUUUGCUUUGUUUCAUCUGGUGAGGGAGUUGCUUAGGUGUGGUUAUCUCUUCUGUAAUUUUCCUCUGUACACAACACAGGCAUAACAUGUUUAAAAGGGCAGAAACGUCUGCAUUAAUUCUGCUGAUGGAGGACACCUCUGUCUUGUGUCCCUUUUCCCACUGAUCAGUUUCCAAGCAUUUUUCUACUUCACGGAGACUGGUGAAAUCUUUUUUGACUUGCAAAUAAGUCUCUUUUUACUUGCAAAUAGACUAAAAAGGUAAAAUGCUGUGCUGUUGAUAAUUUGAUAAAUCUCUUUUGAACUGGCAAUUGAAGAAAGUAAUCCUUAGUGAGAUCUCUAACAUUCCCUCUCCCUGUUCGAUAUAGUCAUAUGACUAGCUCUGGAAACAAGUGUUCCUCCUCUUUCUUUAUAUCUGUAAAGGUGACAUUUCCUGCUGUUUCUGGUACCAGACUCUGUGUUUAGUCUCUGGUUAAGAGGGAGUAAAGGUGGUACUGAAGCAGCAGAUACUUGGAGAAAUAUUGUAAAAGGAUCCUUUACAAUAAAGGGUGCCCAGCAGUGUUGAAAACAAAGGAUUGGGGGGAGGGGUGUGUUUUUGUCACUCUCCAUCACCACAACUACCAAAGGAUUAUCGCUGUGAGACCUGUCCAUUCAGAAAGUUUGUUUGAUCUUGUAUUGUUCUUCUUGGCUCAUGACUAUGUACCUGAGCAGAAGACAGAAUUAAAUAGCGCACUAGAAGUACUACAUUAAAAUUAGAUUAAUUUAAUUCAAUCCAACCAAUGUUGUACACUUUUCUCUGUACAAUACCUGAGGGCAUUUAAAUCUCCAUAUUUAAUCACUCCUUUAUCCAUAUAGCUCUAUCAACAUGGAUGACUUCCAAAAGGCAUCCAAUCAUUACUCGGUUUUCUUCUGUCCACUGCUUUUGUUAAGGGUAUGGGGGAGGAUGCGGGGGAAAAUCUUGGAAUAAGCCUUGGUGCCUUAAAAGGAUCCCCAUUGUAUCAUUUUUCUGUGAGCUGAACAAGAACUUCUCUAUAUACCCUUGUGCUGCAACAGAGUAAUAAAACUGGUAGGUGGCAGCAGAAGAAGACACUAAUGCAGAUGGCACCCGUGAACUGAGAAUGCUGCCAUGUGGGGAGAGAUGGAUUCCAAAACAUUAGCUGAUGUAACGUGCAAAGAUGAGAGGCAGCUUCCCUGACUUGUCAAUCUGCUUGGUGAGUCUGAUUCUUGGUCAAUUCUUAUCCACCAUAACGGAUGUUUUAACAUCGCUAAACCGCUUAAUCUUGAAUGCUGACUAAAAGCCAUUAUGGAGAGCUGUGUGAGUUCAUUGAUGUUGUGACACUAUUUCACCAAGGAACUGUACUAAGCUGUUCAUCCGACUCUUGCUUUGUAUUAGCCACCACCUUGUUCUAAAUACAUGAAACACUUCCUUUCCAAAAAUGCUACACAAUGUACUUCCUUUAAUUCAUUAGGGAGUUACUUUUCCUCCAAAAUCACUUCUCAAUUGCUUUAAGGCAAAUAUGCAUGAGAAAUUUGAUUAUAAAUCUAAACAGAAUCUGAAAAUCGACCUUGUGGUCAGAUUCUCAAAAUUUUCAAGAAAGAUUUGGCACCAUAAAGCCAUUGGCCCACCUCUGAUCACUCAUUUAUGGAGAGCAGUGCUUUGUGAACAAAAUUGAGCUCAUUGGGAAGAAUCUUUCAUUAAUUUGCAGGAAUAAAUGAGAAGUAUGUGUGGUUUCAACACUUGAUAAUUUAAAAAUGUUUUGGUUCUCUGAUUGUUCAUACAGAUAAGUGUACUAUUAUCUCUUGAAACACCAAGCAUGGCACACAUUGGAAACUAGUAGCUGUACAAACAAUGACUACAAAAUAGGGUUUCUAAUUACUGGCUAAUUAUAGUUACUGCAUGACACCACAUCAGAGUCAAUCUGUGACACAGAAUCCACUGAGAUUUUAACUAUUUUUAAGAGUCUCUACCAUAAGAAAAAUGCAUCUUAGAUAUGGGCUGACCAUGAUCUGUCAUUUGAAGACAUCCUUGUAUAUUUUAUUCAGUUUUCAUAUACAUAAAUUGAUGCUGUGAUACUAAAAAGAAUUGAUUCCACUUGUGGAAAAUUUCAGUCAAUGAAGACAAUUUACUGGUGCUGAGACAUAUGUGAGCCUGACUAUAUUUAUGACUAGAACAAGAUAACCCUUGAGAUUUCUAUACACUGUUUAAGAUAAACUGAGCUAAGAUUGGUGUUGCUCCUCUGAAAAGCACACUGUGGUUCUUCAGCUCUUCACUGUUGAUUAGCACGCCUUCGGUCAGGUUAUGAGAUACAAUGAAAUUAUGAAUAUGCUUCAGGUAGAAAUUAUUUGCUCUUCAUAGUUCUAAAAAGUCUUAUGACAGAACAUCCCUGUGUAGUUCAUUGUGUAACAUUCACAAGUUCUUUGAUCACAGUGCAUGUAAUUUAAAAUGCUUAAAAGCAAUUUAAAGUUACCUGGGAAUGCCAAGAGUUUGAACACUGUUUCCAUCCUAAAUAUCUUGGUGUCAUCUUAGAUCGAACAGUAACAUUUAGGAAACACUGUAUGAACACUAAGUACAAAGUAGCUGCACGUAAUAACAUCCUGCAGAAACCUGGCAGUGUAUGGGAAGCAGACCCAAAAUUAAUAAGAACAUUAGUCCUGGCCUUGUCUUACUCAACUGUCAAAUAUGCCUGUCCUGUUUGACACAAGUCUAUCCACGCAAAGCAGAUGAACAUAACACUGAUAGAAACAUGCAGAAUAAUCACAGGAUUAUUAUUCCACUGGUGAAACACUUGUGCAGGCAGGACUGAAGACCGACAGGUCGCAGGUUCGAAUCUGGGGAGAACACGGAUGAGCUCCCUCUGUCAGCUCCGGCUCCCCAUGUGGGAACAUGAGAGAAGCCUCCCACAAAGCAUUGUCCCCUGGGCAACUUCCUUGCAGACGGCCAAUUCUCUCACACCAGAAGCAACUUACAGCUUCUGAAGUUGCUCCUGACACACACAAAAAAUCACAGAAUGUCUUAAACAUACACCUGUUGAUAAACUCUACAAGCUAGUUACCAUUGCCCCCCCCCCCAAGAUGUGCAACAGGAAGUUGCUUCUGACUAUGAGAGAAACAAGGUUGAAUACUGUGACUCCCCACGAGGGUCUUCCUCCAGGGGCAAACCAAGAAUGGGCAACUUGGAAGUGUCUGAACAGACUUAGAAGCAGAGUGGGCAGAUCAAAAGACAACCUGGCAAAAUGGCACUACCUAGAAGAAUCUUCCACUUUGUGUGACUGUGGAGCAGAACAAAUAACUCCGCAUCUGUAUGCUUGCCCAAAUGCCCUGCCUCAUGCACAGAAGAAUUGUUUAAAGCUACAGACAAUGCAGUUGCUGUUGCCUGUUUCUGGUCAAAAAUCAUUUAACCAUUUGUGUUCCCUCUAUUUUUAUCAGUUUUAUACUUAUUUAUGCAAUGCUUUUGACACUAAAUAAAUGUAAUGUAAUGUAUUGGAGCACCUUAGAAAAGAUCCUGUUACUCAUUUUUAGGUAGGCAUGUGUGAUAGGUGAGCAAA